AUGGCGCAGGACGUCAAGGCCUGCGGCCCGCUGCUGCGCUUCUGCGGCUACGACCCCGCCAGCCACCUGUGGCGCGGCAGCGCCCUGCUGGUAGUGCGGGCCCCGCGCGACCCUCUGGUGAUCAGCCUCAGCGCCCCUGGACUCGCCCUCGAGGCGGACGGAUCGGUCAUCGAGCUGCUGCACGGCUGCGCCGUGUGGCGCUUCGCCAUCGAGUUCCGCCUGGGCGAGCGCGAGAAGCGCGUGGAAUACUCGAUUCGCACUGCAAGGGGAGCACCGAUCGCCGAGAAUCACGCCUUUUAUGCGCCCGCCGCCGGCGAGCCCUGGCACUGGGCGGCGUACUCCUGCAACGGAUUGAGUCACGGGACGGAUGCGGAGAGCGUGGGCGGCGUGGCGACGAUGUGGACGGACUUGGUGGACAGGCACUUGUCGGCGCCGCUGCACGCGGCGAUCGGCCUAGGGGACCAGAUCUAUGCCGACGGCCUUUUCCGGGGUGCCCCGAGCCUGGCCGGAUACUUCGAAGGCCGGCGCAACGGUAAGGGGAUCCGUAAGGGGGAGGUGACGGACGGGAUGCCGGGCGAGGUGGAGGCAUACUACUUCCAGCACUACUGCGAGCACUUCUCGAGCCCGGGCAUGGCGGACGCGAUGGCCAGCGUGCCGCAGAUGAUGAUUUGGGACGACCACGAUAUCUUCGACGGCUGGGGGUCCUACCCCGCCAGCCUGCAGGACUGCCCCAUCUUCCAGUCCAUCUUCGCCGCCGCGCGGCGCUACUACCUGCUCUUCCAGCACCACACCACCGCGGAGCGCGCGUUGGAGUCACCCGGGACCGACCUCUUCUGCUCCAAUCAGGGCGCCUGCCUCCACUUCCUGAGGCUGAUGGGUCCCACGGUAGCGCUGCUGGGGCUGGACACGCGCAGCGAGCGCACCCUGACCCAGGUGCUCAGCCCCAAGUCCUGGGACACCGUCUUCGACCAGCUGUCCACCCUUCCGCCCUCCGUGCGCCAUCUCGUGGUCGCCCUGCCGCUGCCCAUCACCUACCCCCGGCUGCCGAUGAGUUACAGCCUGCUGCGCGGCCUGGCGGGGCUCAACCGCAUCCGGACGGUGAACCGCAUGCUCAGCAAGGCGGGCUGGGCGGAGGGCCUGAUCGCCUUCAACGAGCCGGAGCUGCUGGACGACCUGUGGGACCAGUGGGUGUGCCCGGGCCACAGGGAUGAGCGCAGGCGCCUCGUGAAUCGCCUCCAGUCCCUGGCAUUCGACCGACAACUUCGAAUCACGUUUAUUUCCGGCGACGUGCACGCCUGCUCGGUCGGCCAGUUUUGCUCCCACCCCAAGGUUGCCAGCCCGCUGAUCGAUCCGCGGUCCAUGACGUCCGUGGUGACGUCCGCGAUCAUCAACAAGCCGCCGCCGGCGGGCAUCCUCGCCGCGCAGCAGUUCUUCGACUGCCCGCGGCGCGACGCGAACCGCCACACGCACGAGGAGCUGCUGCGCAUCUUCCCCAAGAGGGGCAAGGUCAUGGGGCGCAGGAACUGGUGCGAGGUGUCGCAGGCCAGCCCGCACCUGGGCGGCGGGCUGGCCUUCACGCUGUGGGUGGAGCAGGAGGGGGCCAAGGGCCGGGCCACGGCGCCGUACGCCGUGGAGGUGCCGCCCCUGGAGGAGGGUUACGUGGUGCUGGCGCCAGGCAAGGUGGAAACCAUGAUGGACGAGCGGUGGUUUGGCACGGGCAGAGCGCAGGGAGGCUGA